AUGCCAAAAAAAAGAAAAAUUGCAAAACUUGAAAGAGCUUCAACAUCAAGGCAACGUUCGAAACCCAAAAAUAAUUUGAAACGUAUGAAGUUUUCAGAAGAAAAUGAGACAAAUGUAACUUCUGAUAACGGUGAAAGUGAGAAUGAGAUAAACGAAGAAGAAAACACGAUAAAUAAGAAGAAAAGAAAUGAUUCAAUAGAAGAACACACAAAGGAAAAUAAAGAAGGCGAUGUUAUAAAAAAUAUCUCAAAAGACAUCGCCAAAUAUAAUAGUAACGUUAUAAUUGGAAAGGAGACAAGUGUCUGA